GUUCAUAUCCUGCUCUAUUCUGUAGACGUGAACACAAAAUUGUUCAGGUGAAAUAUGCAAGGAGUCAAUCCCUACAUAGUACGUGUCACUAUAUAAAUACCCCGUUGUCUCUACAAAGCCUAUCCCAGCGAGCAACGUACCGAGAGUGCGUCAGCCACAAAACAAACAACGCAAUGGCUGUCACAAUCAACGUCACCGGUAGCUCUACAAUCUACCACUACCCAGACCAAGCCGUGCUCUCCGUGCACAUCCAAUCGGAAGGCCCCUCGCGCAACCUGGUGUCCAGCUAUGUAACCACCCGAUCGAACCUCCUACAGCGUCACCUGCGGGACUUCGUGCCCCGCAAUUCCUCCGGACAAAUAUCCAUGGAAGCGCCCGUGUCGAACAUCGCGAUCGGAUCCGAACGCAGUUGGUCGACUGUCCCGCGCGACCGCAACGGCCACCCGCUGGACCGGGUCUACCACGCCUCCACAGAUGUGGAAAUUACAUUCCGCAAUUUCACAAAAUUGGGAAAGAUUGCAAAGUGCCUGAUCACGGAGGAGAAUGUUGAGGUCUCAAAAAUUGUCUGGCAGUUGACCAAGGAUACAAGGGAGGUGUUGGGGGUGGAAUCGCGGAAACAAGCAAUGAAGGAUGCGAUUCGUCGGGCGCAGGACUAUGCCGCUGUCAUUGGAAAGGAAGUCGAACCGAUGCUGAUCACGGACCGCGAGUCAACAUCGACUAUUGGGACGGCCAAAUGCAUGGCUGUGAAUGCGAAUAUAGGGGCUGGAGAAGAAGAUUCGCUGGAUUUGGCACCACCGGAUAUCGAAUUCCACUGUUCGGUUGAGGUACAGUUUCGAAGUGCUGGGAGUGGGAAAUGUGAUUGAUUGUUGUUGAUUGUGAUACUUUGCACUCAAAAAGCAAUAAGGGAUGUACUUGUACUUGUGAUACUAG